GGGCUAAUUAAAGGCUUACGUAUGGGCUGGUGGGGGUUGGCUGCACGAGAAAGAGAUGGAGUUGGGGAGAGAGAGAAUUCUUGACGAAAUGGAAGGUCGUUCUACAUCUUCUGUCUCUCGUCUCGUUUCCUAUCUUCAUCAAUCUCUGUAUUUCCCAAGCAAAAGCCUACACAACGACUAAUACAUCGAUAUGGAUUGGUUUUUGCUUACCUUGCUUGAUGUUGCUUCGAGGCUCGAGCUAUACAGUUGUGUAUUUUGAGGAGUCGGAUCGGGUCUACCACGCAACGCUUGAACUCGUCAGAUCAUUUGAUUCGAUGUAACAUAACAUCCUUUGGCGUUACAAUCUAUCUACCUGUUAUUGAAGUCAUUCGUUGAGUCUAGGGGGAAAAGAAAGAGUAUUGAUUGAUAUGGGCCUCUGGCAAUCAAGAAGACUCUGCUGCGUCCAAAACUAUUAGAUGCCUCCAUUUACUGUGAUGGAGGCAGCAGCUACAAUACAAGGGAUAGUGAAUACAUGUUGCUGAUGAACAAACAGAGAGAGAGAGGGAGGGAGGUUUAAGAUGUGAUAUUGGACAAUCAGAGUGGCUUGGUUCACCGGUAGUUUACUGCGGACAAUGUAAAAUCUAUUUCAGUGCUAUCUAUGAAAACCCAAAGGAGUGGGAGAAAUGGCAUGGCAGCGAAAGACGACUAGUGUAUUGUAUAUCCAGUUAUGAAGUGACAACCUAAGUCCUAAAACAGGGUGGAGUGGAAGGUGAUGGCAGGGAUGGGGUUGGGAGGAUUUGGAGGAGAGGGGGGUGUCCUGUCCUGGCUGCAGGAGUUUCUUAAAACUCAGUCACCUGACUGACCAAUUUGCGUCCGUCCACCCGGGAGGUUAUUCCAUCCUACUCUGCUUUGGCUAUGCGCCAAGACCAGAACGUGGAAAGAAGAAGAUGGCGUUGUUGCCGUGAGCUGAAUUUCUUGAACGGGUGGCAGGCAGCUGGGCGCAAAUUGGCUAUUGAUGAAGGCUUUCGCGCACUGGUACUUGAAAUGGAUUUUGGUCUUACUCUCAUAUUCAUAUACAAGCUGAAGGAAGAUGACCAAAGCUAUUAAUAGAUUGGAGAGUCCCUCAAGUGCGUUGUGAGAACCCUUCCAGCGCGAGAUGUGAGCAAAGCAGCACGUUUAAUGGUCACCCACUGAGCAGGGGAUUUGAAAUUCGGAUCACUACUGAUUUCAUCUCGAUCAGGGCAGCAUCAAGGAGACAAAAGUUAGGGGGCAUGCCAUGGAUGCGGUCUGCAACUUAUCAGGCACUUGAUACUUUGAAGACUGCAGUUGUAUCCCCUCUCCAAGUAGAUCGCUAAUCAAACAUUCAGAUUACGGACAUUGUUUGCAGGUGGAGUUGGAAGGCUAGAGACAUUAAUUAGAGGUAAAACAUUCUCACUUGUAAAUUCGUUUACACUUGAGCAUUUGUCACUUCUUGUUUUUGGUAAUUCUUUCAUCUUAGUUUUAGCUUGUUUGGAUGAGCUGUGACUGGCAGAUUCUGUGGAUAGUGUAGCCAGUGGUUAUAGAUGUCAUAUUACUGUUCUUCAGGUAAGUGCCAUUUAAACCUUGUGGCGGUGAUAUAAAUAGGGUUUUGCGUCGAUGUUUAAUGAAUCUGGGCUGGUACUCUUUGAAAUUUUCAUCUCCCAAAGAAACUAAUUAAACGUGCUUCUGCCAAAUGUUGGGUUCAUUUCCUGCAGGCACUUGAUACUUUGAAGACUGCAGUUGUAUCCCCUCUCCACGUACAUUGCUAAUCAAACAUUCAGAUAACGGACAUUGUUUGCAGGUGGAGUUGAAAGGCGAGAGACAUUCAUUAGAGAUUCUGUGAAUGGUCAGGGUGCCGCCAGUGGUUAUAUAAAUCACUGUUCUUUAGGGGUUUGUGGAAAUGACUCAACUAAGUCAUCACAAAUUGUUUGAAGUUGAAACACACCAAAAUGUUGCUUACUUCCAAGGGGCUUUAAACUGUGGAAUCAAUGAAUGCACCAUGCGCUGUGGCCUUGUGACGGAGACUCACCAACAGGAGUUGAUUGCUUUUCAAAGAGGAAGCAAUCCUCAACUUGAUUCUGUUCUGCGUAGCAUAGCUACAUACACCAAUGAUGGGAAAGUGUACUUUGUGUACAAUCAUUACAAGUACACUAUCGGUGAGUUGUGCAAGACGGAACAUUUCAAAGUCACUACUGGAGGAAGACUGACAAAUGGCUUCCUAAAUCUAAUCAGGGGCAUCUUUUUUGCUUUAGAUGAGCUGCACUGGGAGCAUAAAACAACUCACAACAAUCUGAAUGUUAGAAACAUUGUCACGAUUGAGACUGACGGUCAAUCUUGUGUCAAACUCACGGGGCUCGGACUUGAUAUUCACGAGAGAGAUGUGGCUUAUAAUUAUGAGUUAGAGAAAAGAAAAGAUUGUUGUGAUUUGGAAGGCAUACUUAGAGCCAUAGUCCUCCACUCUUUACGUUCAGCGCCGAUACCUCCAAUGUUCGAGGCUCUUAUGAAGAAUCUGAUGAAAUCUGGGUGCCGAAACUUGGCAAACUCGAUCUUCCUCUUGAGUCCAUACAGGAGGUUGAGCUACUUGGCAGUUGCCUUUAGGCGGGUCCGUAUCGAUGAUAAGCACACGAACCGUUUUCAUACAUAUUUUUUGAGGAUCUUGCCAACUGAUUGGACUAAGGAAGCUAGAAAGAAUCGCCAGCUUGAACUAGUAUUGGAUUAUCCAAGCGCAAAGGAAUACAAAACCACCCCAGUUAGUUUUUUGCGGUUUUGUAGAAAUGCUGUUAUGCAUUAUCCGACGACAAUUCAGGGUUACAAAAGCAGUUUCCAAGAGCAGUGGAGAGCUUUGUAUCAUCUCUGUCCAAAUUUUUUCAACAAGCUGCAUGAUUUCUUCAUAUCUGUGGACAUCUUCAUUUUUGAAUGAAGCGGGUUAUUUGGGAAAUUGCAUCGAGUUACAGGAAGCAGUUGUUUGGAGAAUUAGAAGGCGGUCAAGUAGAGAGCUAUAGGUUUUAGAAAUUGCUUGCUAAUGUUGCCUCUUAGAGCAAGCCUACUGAAACUUUGAGUAAAGAUGGAGCUUCUGGCCUAAUGCAGUGGUGUAGUCGGUUUUGUUUUGAAAGAUGAAUUUUACUCUUCAAAUCAUCUUUAUGAUGUAGUUGAGCUGUGAUUACCGUUGAACUCAAACAAUUUAUCUACGAGUAAGGAAUGUUAUUGAG